AAAUGUUAAUUUGUCAAAUGACAUCUUUCAAUUUAUGAGCAAAUUAUUAUGUUAAUUUCUUAGUUAUAAAAAUACUCGUAAUCAAGUUAAAAUGCACACAGUUAGUUUACCGCGUACUUGUUUAGGCUUCACAAAUAUGUUGUUCCUUAUAUUCGGCGUAGUUGGAUGCGUUAUUUGCGUUUGGUGCGCUGUCAACACGGACUUCUUCCGAGAAGUUAACUACACAGUGACGAAGAGUUCUCUCGUAUCGGCUGUGGCGAACUUCGUAAACUUGAAGCUAUGGUUUACUCCGAUGACUACAAUCCUCAUACCCUUAGCCGCACUAACAAUAUUGACGUCAUGUUGUGGGAUCUUAGGUGCUGGGUGCAAAGUAAAAUGCGCUAUCAAAUCAUACAUAUUUUUCGUCACAGUCUUAUCUUCCACAGCAUUCUGGCUAUUCUUUAUGUCAGGAAUCUACAAUAUUUACACAAAUAACGAGAACACUUUAAAAUACAUGCGAGCUACCAUAAAAAGUAAUUAUGGGAAAGAGAAUGAUCUCAUAACUCAUGUAUGGGAUUAUAUAAUGGUGAAUUACGAAUGCUGUGGUGCAGUUGGCUCCCAGGAUUUCGUAAAUACAAAUUGGCAUAAAGCAAAUUUGGAUAAACUAUACCCUGUACAAUGCUGUAAGUUAAACAAGACCAGUUUGGUGCCUCUAUCAAAGAAUUGUACAAAAACUCACGAACCUCAAGCUCAAGCGAAUACAAACAGUUGUUUUAAUGCUCUCAGAAUUUCUAUUAAAGAGAAUAAAGGAAUGAUUAUGUUCUACAUUAUUUUAAUUGGUUUGUUAUACACCAUUAUAAUGCUCUUUGCAUAUUGCAUUAUCAAAGGGGAACCGUUGAUUAAAGCGAUAACUCGUAACUUGUCUGAUCUGUUACCGAAAUGUCAAGAGUAUACGAAUAAGGAAGUACCCUCAAAUUCUUCGUUAGACAACAUGAUGUUUGUGGAAGAGCCGCCAAGAAAAGUCGUCAAAGUUGUAUCAGCUAUAAAUCCUUUCCAAACUUUCCAGUUCACACCAAGUGUGCAUCAUGCUGGAUCCAAAACCUAUCCGCACAGCAUCAGACAAAUAAAAUAAAAUAUCUCUUUUCUAAUUGGA